AAAAUGGUUGAUCUUGCCAUCUGUCCAUGUGCACCAGUGGCACUUCAGCUCCUGCAGAUGGGGUACUUUCCAUCUGCACCACUGGGGCCAACCCUUGCUGUCAGUUUACAGCUUCUGAGUCUGGUCAGGCAGGUCUUUAUGUGCAUGCCCCCAAACAUUUCUGCAUGGUGCAAGUCCCUUGAAGCAUAUCUUGCUAGCAUGGGCUACAAGGUAGACACAAAGGAAGGUAUAUGUCGAAGGUUUAGUAAUGCAUACCACUGGUAUUGCAUCCUGGAAAUCUCAGUUGAUGAAUAUGUUCAACAACACCUGGAAAGUGCUGCAACCCCACCAGCUGACAUCCUCCCUGCAGUUCCAUCAUCCUCUCACCACCCUCCAGAUGUCUCAAGUUCAAGGAUAUGA